AUGGCUGCGCCCGUGGUACACUGUUGUUAUUUAUUCUCUCGCUUUGCUGGACUGAAAAACGGAAUUUUACCGCACGUCAGACCGAGGAGAAAUGCGUUAAACCACGCGCACAACUCGUGGGCGGCGGCAGUUUUUUAUGGGAGUCGAAGAACAGACGCAGAGGACACCCAUGUGCAAGUUCCAGUGGAACGUCUGACAGUGUCCUACAGCAGAAGCGGUGGUCCUGGUGGUCAGCAUGUAAACAAAGUUAACACAAAAGCGGAAGUUCGAUUUCACGUUCGAACAGCGGACUGGCUCCCAGAAGAUGUUCGACUAAAAAUCCUCGAAAAGAACAAGAACCGUAUCAAUAAGGCCGGAGAGUUGCUGGUGACCUCCGAGCUGAGCAGGAGUCAACAGAGGAACCUCACCGAUUGUGUGGAGAAGAUAUCCGCCAUCAUAACCGAGGCCAGUGAGAAACCUCAUGAGCCAACAGAAGAAGAUGUAGCCCUCAGGGCGGCCAGGUUAGAGAAGAGGAACAAGGAGCGACUCAAGCAGAAGAAGAUCCAUUCAGCCACCAAGCAGAACAGAAAAGUGGAUUUUGACUGACUACUCCGAAUUCGUAAUAAAUAUAUGUACAAACUAGAUUAUU